AGUUUUAUUUAAACCCAAAGAAGUGCGUGGAACUGUAUUCACAAAGUGAAAAAAUGAAAUUCAUCAAUUUCUUCGUUAUAGCCUUAAUGGCUUACGCCAAUUGCGCUUGGGCCAAGACUUUUACACGCUGUUCCUUGGCAAGAGCUAUGUACGCUCUAGGUGUACCGAAAUCGGAACUAGCACGUUGGACCUGUAUUGCUAAAUAUGAAUCACAUUAUCGCACCCACGUUGUAGGACCUGCCAACACGGAUGGUUCUCAUGACUAUGGCAUUUUUCAAAUCAACGAUCGUUAUUGGUGUAAACCCAGCAAUGGUCGUUCUUCUCACAAUGGCUGUAAUGUCUAUUGUGAUGAUCUGUUGGAAGACGAUAUCAGUGAAUCUGUUUAUUGUGCUCAACAUGUUAAGUCAAAACAGGGUUGGUCUGCCUGGACUACUUGGGCAAAAUGUAAUGGUAACUUGCCAAGUAUUGAUGAAUGUUUUUAAGACCGUAAAGGCAAAAACCUUGUUAAAACGUUAAAAAUGUUAAAUAAAUUUUAAGAAAAAUGUAUUCAAAGAAAUUCUUUUAAUAAAUCUAUGCAAAUUUA